AUGAGGUCCUGGAUGGUACUGCUCGGCAUGGGCUACGUCUUCAUGCUGUGGGGAUGUUGGAUGUCCUAUGUGAUCUUUGCCAAUUUGUGGUUUCCACCGGGGGCAGAGUUUUGGCUCCACACCUUCCAAUCCUGGGAUGGUCUCAUGCUCCCCUGGGCCGUCUGCUUCGUUCUAGAACACUUCUUCCUCGCGGUACUCCUUGUCUUUUGGGACGCCGUACACUCUCAUGCCAUGUUGCCAGUUCCGAGGAUGUGUGCUGCGACGCACCUACUUGUUCAGGAGUGCCCCAAAGUUGAAAUGGGUGUCGACGAGCUGCGGAAGUCGCUGUUGGUCGUCUUCGGCGAGUACUUGCAUCGAGUUCGCAUGCGUGAAAUGCUGCCUGUCCUUCAAUCUGAGAGUGGCCAUCGGUAUGCGGAGUACACCUGCGUGAGGUACGUGUACAGCGAGGCUUGCGAUGCCUUCGUCCUCGCCAACCUCUGCAAGCCCGAGGCCGGAGAAAUGCAUCGCAGGCUGCGGUCGGGCGGCCUGUCGGAGGCGGAAGCUGCCGCUUCCCAGGAGAGCUGUGGGCCGAACUCCAUCCACGUCCCAGUUCCAAGUCGGCUGGAAGCAUUGGCUUGCGAGUUCUCGCACUUCACAUACGUGUUCAACUCAAUCGCGAUCUGGACAUACGUUGCGUACACCACCUGGAAUAUCGGUCUCCUUUGGCUGUUCAUGACUCUUGGCUCCGGGACUUAUCGAGCGCUUGGGAUUACACGACCGAGCAAGAAAAGAGUCUCCGAUAUGGCGAGGAUGCAGAAAAGCUGCGUAGUCCUGCGGGAGGGCAAGUUCCGGCAGCUGGAUGUUUCGGAGAUUGUUCAAGGCGACAUCGUCCAAGUUAAGGGAGGAAAGGAUGCCGAACUCCCCUGCGAUGGCAUGCUGAUCAGCGGCAGCCUUAUCGUCAAUGAGUCAAUGCUGACAGGUGAGCCCAUGCCCAUCGCCAAGGUGCCUGUCGAAGACGUCGACCACUAUCAAGUGCACCCGAAGAGCAACAAGGCCUUUGCAGGGACCCGCAUCAUUGAGUCCAGAGGUGAGACAGAACACGGGGGAUUCGCCCUCCUUUACUGCACGGAGGUUGGGGCUCGUACCACGAGAGGCGAACUUGUGAGAAUGGUCCUUUUCCCAUCGAGUGUGAAGUUCAAGUACAACGACCAGCUGCCCACUGUCUAUGCUUUGAUGUUCGCAAAAGCAACGGUGUUGGUGAUGCUCCAUCUCUUCGCUGCCCACGAAGGUUCUCCCGUAGUGACGUUCUUGAACGUGACUUGCGCGAUCGCCGGGACCGUGAGCCCCAUGCUGCCCGUAUCGCUAGUUAUGGGGCAGUCCGUGUCGGCGAAGCGUCUCACAGCUGCCCGAGGAUACCAAAUCAAAUGCUUGCAGCCUGGUCGAAUCCCAAUAGCAGGGAAGAUCUCCACCAUGGUUUUCGACAAGACUGGCACCAUCACGAAGUCUACAAUGGAUCUCGUGAGCGUGCAAGCCACCCAAAAGUUGGACGAGACUGCACACUUCCAGCCGCUGCUUUGGAUAGAUGGUGAACCAGAGUCGGGCGACGUGGACAGGCCACGCGAGCUUCCGAAUCUACUACAGUGUGCGAUGGCCGUAUGCCACACCGUGAAGCAGCUUGACGACGGGAGCCUUGUGGGAAACGAGCUGGAGUGUGCAAUGUUGCGGAAGACAAACUGCAGGAUCACUCAAAAUGCCAUCAUCCUUCCAGAUGAAGAGGUUGAAAUCGUCCGAGACAUGCAGUUUGACCACCAGAGCAUGACAAGUGGCGUCGUCGUUCGGAGGUCACGAGGACAGCUUGAGGUCUUUGUGAAAGGCUCGCCCGACAAGAUUCAGGCAGUGGCCUGUCCUUCGUCCUUACCAGCUGACUAUGGUGCCACCAUCAGCGCCCAUGCCAAGGCUAACUACUAUGCCCUGAGCAUUUGCCAUAGAAGCCUUCCGGAGAAGUCCAAUUCGGAAGUGGGUGAAAUGUCGCGCUCGGAACUGGAGCAGAAUGUCCAAUUCUGUGGACUCUUGCUUUUCCGAAACGAGAUGAAGAGGGAAGCCCCCCAGGCUAUCCAGCAGCUCAAGGAAGGUGACAUUCGAUCUGUCAUCUGCACGGGGGACAGCGAGCUCACUGGCAUUGCUAUUGGCAGGCAGUGUGGCAUCGUGUCAGGUGACUGCCUGCUAGCUACGGUUCAGGAUCACAAGCUUGUUUGGCAAGACCCGGAGGAGAUGGACAUGGAAGGUCUGGUCGUCGGAAUGGCCGGCGAUGGAGGCAACGACUGUGGAGGUUUGCGCGCGGCGCAUGUUGGCAUAGCAUUGUCUGGUGCAGAAGCUUCCUUGGUGGCUCCUUUCUCAACUGGGAGACUUGAAGAAGGCUCUCAAGACGACAGCAAUGGUCAGAUCUCACUCCUUACCAUCCCAGACCUCAUUCGAGAAGGACGCGCCUGCUUGGCAACGAAUUUGGCCACCUUUGCUUACUUCAUCGUGCAGGCCUUCUCUCUUUCUGGCCUGAUGACAACGGUCCAUGUUGCGCACAAUGUCACUAUCGGAGAGUGGGUAUGGUUGAUGAAGGACAUCGGCUUUGGGAUGAUCAUGGUGUUCUUCAUGACGCAAUCCAAAGCCUUAUCGUGUUUGGCAAAGGUCCGACCCACCGCGACGCUGCUGGGAGCAAGAACUCUUCUCACUAUCGCCUCGCAAGUCCUCCUGAACUGGCUCUUCUUCGGCUGCGCGUUCUGCGUGUUGAAGGCAGAAGCAUGGUACGAUCCCCUGGAUCCAAUAAAUGACAUCUCCGUUCUUCCCCACCUUUGGAUGUUGAAAGGAGACAACUAUGAUGGUGCUGUUUGUGCUGUUUGUGUCUUCGUCGCUCUGGCGAAUACGUCUUAUGUGAACACCUAUGGCGGCAACUUCCGCAGAAGCAUCUUGCAGAAUUGGGGCAUCUGCGCAGCGAGCUCCUUAGCUUGCAGUUCGCUGCCGCUUCUCGAUGACAUCAGCGUGGGAGGUGUCGGCGAAUGCUUCCUUGGGCCUCAGGUGAAGUAUUGGCAAAAUCACGCAUCAUAUCUGCCCCAAGCUGGAGAUUCCCCGUGGCUGCCUUCGCCAGACAACGGCUGCCUUCCUCCGACAGCUACGCUGGAACACCUGCCACUCGAUCACCUAAACAUCAGCACUGGCAAAGGCUUCAAAGUCGGAGCCUGCAUCGGUCCCAACAACUGCUCCUAG